ACCCUCACUCUCUCCCUCUCUCUCUGCCCCCGUUCUAGUUUGUUUGACCACGUCCACACGCAACACAUUGUGAUAUCAACAGAACCAAAGGCUGAAGAGAAGCGAAAAGAGGAGGCACAAGAUCACAAGAUAUGAGGCUCCAAGUUUGACUUUUUGACUUUUCUUAUCUGCAUUCGAUUGAUGAAUGUGGACGAUUUUCUAUUUUCUAUUUUAACUUUUACCAGUGUUCAUUGCCGAAGGGUCUAGGUACAGGAACGCGUGCAUGUGGACACCCAGACGUACGUUCUUUUUUACAUUGCAUCCCAUAAAUAAGUACGAAGAAAGUUGUACAACUUGUCACACAAACCUGCGAGCAGCGGAUCCGUUUCUUUACUUUCCCCGGAUAACCUGGAAGAAUGCUGCCCCGGCUACUCACACUGGCCUGUGCUCUCUAUGUUGGGGUGUCCCCUACAACGGCAAACGCCGUCCAAGCCGAGACGUGGCUACAGCAGUAUGGCUACUUGCCUCCGGUGGACCUUAGGUCCCAGGCCCAGGUCCAGAACCUCCGCUCACUCAAGACCGUCUCCACGGCGAUCGCGGCCAUGCAGAGGCUGUACGGGUUGACGGUGACGGGCUCUGUUGACACCGAGACGAUAGCGGCGAUGAGUCGGCCGCGGUGCGGGGUUCCCGAUAAAUUCGGGCCGGAGCUGAAGACGAGCAUGAGGAGGAAGAGAUACGCCAUCCAGGGCCUCAAGUGGGACAAGUCGGAGAUCACCUUCAGCAUACAGAACUACACCCCCAAGGUGGGCGAGCGAGGGACGUACGAGGCCAUCCGCAAGGCCUUCAAGGUGUGGGAGAGCGCCGUCCCUCUCACCUUCCGGGAGAUCCCGUACAGCCAGAUCCGCGACAAGGUGGACAAGUUCGCCGACAUCAUGCUCUCCUUCUCCGAGGGUUUCCACGGCGACAGCACGCCCUUCGACGGCGAGGGGGGCUUCCUGGCGCACGCCUACUUCCCCGGCCACGGCAUCGGCGGGGACACGCAUUUUGACCUCUCGGAGCCCUGGAGCACCGGGAACGUCGACCAGGGCGGUAACGAUGUGUUCCUGGUGGCGGUCCACGAGCUGGGCCACGCGCUGGGCUUGGAGCACUCCAACAACCCCUCCGCCAUCAUGGCUCCCUUCUACCAGUGGAUGGACACCGAGAACUUCCAGCUCCCAGACGACGACCGCCGGGGGAUACAGGCCAUAUACGGAACCAAGUCCGGCGCCCCACCCCCUCCACCGCGCCCCACCAAGCCCUACGUCCCGGAGGAACCCAGCCAGGGGCCCGACAUCUGUGAGGGCCACUUUGACACCAUCGCCGUCCUGAGAGGAGAGAUGUUUGUGUUCAAGGGCAAGUGGCUGUGGCGCGUCCGCAACAACAAGGUGCUGUCCGGCUACCCCAUGCCCAUCGGCCACUUCUGGAAGGGCCUGCCCUCCAACAUAAACGCAGCCUACGAGAGGGACGACGGGAAGUUCGUCUUCUUCAAGGGUGACAAGUACUGGGAGUUCUCAGAGUCAAGCAUGUCCAAGGACUCUCCUAAGAGCCUGAAAGACCUGGGCAGCGGCCUGCCAAGGGACAAGAUGGACGCCGCCUUGUUCUACACGCCCACGGGCCAGACAUACUUCUUCAGGGGAACAAAAUACUUCCGCUUCAACGAGAAAACGCGCACGGUGGACAAUGACUACCCCAAGCCAAUCAGCAUGUGGAGUGGAGCCCCGGACAACAUCAAAGCUGCCCUCAUGAGCGAGGACGGAUCGUACACCUACUUCUACAAAGCCAACAAAUACUGGAAGUUCAACAACCAGUACAUGAAGGUCCAGUCGGGCUACCCCAAGUCGGUGCUCAGCGAUUGGAUGGGCUGCGAGGGGGAGGAGCCCAAGAGGGGGCGGGGCGAGGAUGAGGUCAUCAUCAUCGAGGUGGACGAGCAGGGCGGCGGGUCAGGGGCGGGGCCGGCGGCCGUGGUCAUCCCGCUGAUGCUGCUGGUGCUGGUGGUGCUGACGCUGGGAGCGCUGCUGUUCUUCCGGAAGUACGGAACGCCGAGGCGCCUCCUGUACUGCCAGAGGUCCCUCCUGGACAAGGUGUAGAGAGGGGGGAGAGGGAGAGGGAGAGAGAGAG